GCUUCAUUGCUCUUACAAACAUACAUAUGCCUUUUGCAUGCAACGAUAACGGGAUAUCUUUGACACAAGAUUCCCAUCUCCAGUCUCGGACAAAGCUGAGGUGUCGACUGUGGGCAUAAUAAUAUUGUGCAAGAUCUCUGGAGCGGACUUCUCCAUCGGGCGACGGUCUGCUUUGAAAUUCGAGGUCUUUCAGUCUUUCAGUCUCAAGAUAUUUGGCUGAAACAGUGUUUUGGUAUUUCGACUCGUGCAGGAUUGCCACAAUGGGGGACGCCGGAGGCGAAGCGAGAGGCAUUCGUAUUGCCAUAGACGUAAGUCCGGCAAUCUAACAUAUCUUCAAUCUUCGGGGUCUGACCCCAAACAGCGUGGUGGCACAUUCACCGACUGUGUCGGAAACCCAGGUACCGGGCGUAUGGAAGAUGACAUUAUCAUCAAGCUUUUAUCAGAAGAUCCGUCGAACUAUGAUGAUGCGCCGCUGGAAGGAAUUCGACGACUCAUGGAGAAGUUCACCGAGAGGGAGAUCCCCCGAGGAGAAGCACUGGAUACCUCCAAGAUUGAGAGCAUCCGGAUGGGUACGACUGUGGCCACCAAUGCUUUGCUCGAGCGAAAAGGCGAGAAGAUGGCUAUGGUAGUCACUCGUGGGUUCAAAGAUUGCUUGGAGAUUGGAAACCAGUCCAGGCCCAAGAUCUUCGACCUGGCUAUCCGUCGGCCGGAUGUACUCUACCAAAAAGUCGUGGAGAUUGACGAACGAGUGACCCUCGAAGAUUAUGCGGAGGAUCCGCAGCGGAACCAAACGAAGGCUGACGCCAAGCAUGAGGACUACAAGACCAAUGAUCUUGUCCAAGGUCUAUCCGGCGAGGCUGUGCGGAUAUUGAGAAGACCCGAAGAAGACAAGAUUAAGGAGUCGCUGAAGGGACUGUUUGAAGACGGCUUCCGAAGUAUUGCAGUGUGCUUGAUGCAUGCUUACACAUUCCCCGACCAUGAAGCAUUGGUAGGCAAGCUCGCAAAGGAGAUUGGGUUCCAACAUGUGAGCUUGAGCCACGAGUUGAUGCCUAUGAUCAAGCUCGUGCCCAGAGCCACUUCAGCAUGUGCUGAUGCUUACCUCACCCCUGCGAUCAAGAAAUACAUUUCCGGUUUCCAGGCUGGGUUUGAAGGCGGCCUGGGAACAGAGAGCGUCAAGAACGAGGAAGGUAGCAAAGGAGCUAGAUGCGAAUUCAUGCAAUCUGAUGGUGGUCUCGUGGACGUGGACAAAUUUUCAGGCUUAAGGGCCAUCUUGUCCGGUCCAGCCGGAGGGGUGGUCGGGUAUGCCUUGACGUCCUAUGAUCCGGAGACAAAGACGCCCGUCAUCGGCUUCGACAUGGGUGGUACAAGUACAGACGUAAGCAGGUACGGCCAGGGCCGAUACGAGCACGUCUUCGAAACUACCACAGCUGGCGUCACCAUCCAAUCCCCUCAACUGGAUAUCAACACUGUGGCCGCAGGCGGUGGAUCCCGCUUGUUCUUCAGAAACGGUCUUUUCGUGGUAGGUCCAGAAUCAGCUGGGGCCCAUCCCGGGCCUGCGUGUUACAGAAAAGGAGGACCAUUGACAGUCACCGACGCCAAUCUCUUCCUCGGCCGCCUUCUCCCAGACUUCUUCCCCAAAAUCUUCGGCAAGCACGAAAACGAAGGCCUCGAACCCGAAGCGAGUAAGAAACUGUUUGAAGAAUUAACCAAGGAAAUCAACAGCCAGACAGACAAGAAUAUGUCGCCAGAUGAAGUCGCGUACGGCUUCAUCAAGAUUGCCAACGAGACCAUGACUCGACCCAUCAGAUCACUCACAGAGGCUAAAGGCCACGACACCGCGCAACAUCGCCUCGCCACGUUCGGCGGCGCCGGCGGCCAACAUGCCGUCGCUAUCGCAGAGUCCCUGGGCAUCCGCCAGAUUCUAGUCCACCGAUACUCCUCCGUCCUGUCAGCCUACGGCAUGGCGCUAGCCGAUGUCGUCGACGAAAGCCAAAUCCCCGAAUCACACGUGUGGGACAUGAACGGCGGCAAACGCGAAGGCCUCCAGUGCAAGAUGAAUGACCUGAAAGAACGCUCACGCAAACACCUCAAGGACCAAGGCUUCUCUGACGACUCGAUCGAGUACGAAGAAUAUCUCAACAUGCGAUAUCGGGGCACCGAAUCCGCUCUGAUGGUCAUCAAGCCGACCGCCGACGAGGCCAAGGAGCUGUACGAUGGCGACGACUGGGCCUUUGGCUCCGCCUUUGUCCGCCAGCACGAGCAAGAAUUCGGCUUUACCCUACCAGACCGAGACAUCAUUGUCGACGACGUGCGCGUGCGUGGCAUCGGCAAGUCCUUCCGCGGCAUGUCCAAGACACCGGACCAGCAACUCAAAGAGGUCAAGCCGAAGGACGUCGUCGAGGGCAAAGCAUACGCCACCUCCAAGGUAUACUUCGAAGGCGGAAGGGUAGACACAAAGAUCUACAAACUCGAGGACCUGGACGUGGGCACGCGGGUGGAGGGGCCCGCCAUCAUCGCCGACGGCACGCAGACUAUUGUUGUCACGCCGGGCGCGAGCGCGCUGAUCAUCGAGACACACGUGGUCAUCAACAUCGGUGAGGAGGGAACCGGCAAAAAGGCCAACGCCAAGGAAAUCGACCCGAUUCUGCUGUCCAUUUUCGCACAUCGCUUCAUGGCCAUCGCUGAACAGAUGGGCCGUGCCCUGCAAAAGACCAGCGUUUCCACCAACGUCAAAGAACGUCUGGACUACUCGUGCGCGCUGUUCGACAGUGACGGCGGACUGGUAGCCAACGCUCCCCAUCUCCCUGUGCACUUGGGCAGUAUGUCAACUUGCGUCCGCACACAGGCUGAGAUCUGGAAAGGUAAGCUGAAGAAGGGCGACGUGAUUGUGUCGAACCACCCCGAAUACGGCGGCACACAUUUACCCGAUAUCACGGUCGUCACGCCCGCAUUCAGUCCUUCCGGCGAGAUUAUAUUCUACGUCGCCAGCCGAGCGCACCAUGCGGACAUUGGCGGGAUCCUACCAGGCUCAAUGCCUCCGCACAGUCGGGAACUGUUCCAGGAAGGUGCGGCCAUCAAGUCUGAGAAACUCGUGUCCGAAGGCAAAUUUGAUGAGAAGCGUAUCACCGAGCUUCUGUACGACGAGCCAGCGCAGUACCCGGACUGCAGUGGCACGAGAUGUUUGGCGGAUAACUUGAACGAUCUCAAGGCACAGAUCGCGGCGAAUCAGAAGGGGAUCAAUCUAAUCAGUACGCUAAUUGAAGAUUAUGGUGAGGAUGUCGUGCAGUUUUAUAUGGGCAAUAUCCAGGACAACGCGGAGCAGUCGGUCCGGAAUCUGCUCAAAGAGGUGAGUAAGCGGUUCGAGGGCCAGGAUCUACAGGCGACCGAUUAUAUGGAUGACGGUAGCCCGAUCUGUUUGCGCAUUACCAUCGAUGGAGAGAAAGGUGAGGCGAAGUUCGAUUUCGAGGGAACUGGACCAGAGGUGUACGGCAAUAUCAAUGCACCGGAAGCAGUGACUUAUUCGGCCAUCAUUUACUGCCUGAGGUGUCUGGUUGAUCAGGAUAUUCCGCUCAACCAGGGAUGUCUGAAGCCCGUGGACGUUCGCAUUCCGCAAGGCUGCUUCCUGAGUCCGAGCGAGAAAGCCGCCGUUGUCGGUGGUAACGUCUUGACGAGUCAGCGUGUCACUGAUGUGGUCUUCAAAUGUUUUGAGGCCUGUGCGGCAAGUCAAGGGGACUGCAACAAUUUGACCUUCGGGUUUGGUGGAAAUCUCAAGACUGGGACCGAGGAGAAGGGAUUUGGAUACUACGAAACAAUUGCUGGUGGUAGUGGUGCUGGUAAGGAUUGGGAAGGAACCAGUGGUGUUCAUACCCACAUGACAAACACUAGGAUCACAGAUGCGGAAGUGUUUGAGAGGAGAUACCCUGUGAUACUGAGGGAGUUCAGCUUGCGAGCUGGAAGCGGUGGCGUUGGACAGCACAAAGGUGGCGACGGCGUUAUUCGUGACAUCGAGUUCCGAAUUCCCGUGCAAGUGAGUAUUCUCAGCGAGAGGAGAGUGUAUCGGCCUUACGGUCUGCAUGGCGGUGGUGAUGCUCAAUGUGGUAAGAACAUUUGGGUGAGAAAGGUGAAGAAGGUCAAAAGCAAAGGAUCGGGCGGCGAACAUGAAGGCAAAAGAAGAGAGGAUGGUGAAGCCGACGGAGAUGAAUACAGACAUAUCAGCCUGGGAGCGAAAAACACCGCUUCUAUGCAGCCUGGUGAGAGGAUCAUUGUGAUGACACCCGGAGGGGGCGGCUAUGGUAAAAUUGGUGAGAAGUCGCAGGUUGAACGCAGAGAAGACCAUGAGAAGCACUGGAAGAAGGGCAGUUUGGCUUCCAGACUUGCUGAAUGGGAGAGUAGCUCAUGACCCUUCUGAGCGCAUGCCGGUCUGCCUGCAAAGAUAUAGCUGUCCCGUUAUUGUCAGUAGGACAACAUGCUGAAAGCUGUGUGGACACAUACCGCUCGAGCAAUUGAUGUACUCAACAGGGUACUUCGAAAUCUGUCGACCUUG